AUGGAAUGUGGAAAGAGGCAGCAAACUGAGGCAUUUGACAAUACCUUCUGGCCUGAUUCUUCUCUCCCUGACUGGAUGUCUGGCUUACCUGACCACCUUUCUCUUUCCAAAAUCUCCAUCCCUGGCACCCAUGACUCAAUGAGCGUGCUUGGAGGCCUAAAUAUCCGUUGUCAAACUUGGCCACUUGAGGCUCAGUUAGCAGCUGGUGUGCGUUUCUUGGAUAUUCGUUGUAAGCUGGAAAAUGGCCGUUUCCUUAUUUACCAUGUCAACACUUUCCAGGAAGCAGACUUUUCUGAUGUCCUGGAAGGAACCUUAAGCUUCCUCAAUCAACACCCAGGGGAAACAGUACUUAUGCGGGUUAAAGAAGAACUCCCAUUUAUUCCCAAUGUAGAUUAUGCUUCUCGCUUCCAACGUUAUUUAGCUGAAGAAGGCCAGAAUAAAAUUUGGACAAAGGAGGCCAUUCCCACUUUAAGGCAAGCUCGGGGGAAGAUUAUUAUUUUGGAGGAACUUGAGAAAGAGGUGCUAGGUGUUCCAUAUGAAGAAUUGAGUGUUAGUGAUGUAUGGCAUGUUUUCUGCCCUGAGUGCAAAUGGGAGCAAGUAAAGGAGCAUCUUGAGUUGACAACCACUGGUGAUCCAAAUGUCCUGCACCUUACCUUUUGUUCUGGUAAUGGCCUCUUCACAAAUCCUGAGAAAUUAGCCAGAGACAUCAACCCACGUUGUUAUCAAUAUCUCAAGUCUCAGGCUGGACCAGCUCUAUGUUGGGGUGUAGUAAUCUUGGAUUUUCCUGGCACAGCAUUGAUUCGAACCAUUGUGGAAAGUAACUUUGGAACACAGCAUGAUGAUGUAACUAUUUGAUAUUUGUGAUGAAAUGGAAGAGGAGAAUUCUAGAAUGAUGUGCAUACUAGCUUCAGAUGCUUGGUAGCAGUAUAUUUUUUUCAAACAAACAUUGAAAACCAAGCUUGUUUGGAAGCCAUGCCCUCU